AUGGGGACCAUAGAACUUGGAUCCGCAUUACGGCUCAUCUGUCUGACGCUGCUUCUCUCUUCUCUCAGUAAUGCUCACAUCAACCGUGUGUGCACAACUUGGGGAGACUAUAACUGGAAGAACUUUGAUGGAGAAUUCUUCAGGCUGCCAUCCAGCUGUAACCAUCUGCUGGCCUCACAAUGUCAAGAAUCCGUUGAGAGUUUCAACAUCCAAUUGAGGCACACAGUGGUCAACAAUGUCCCCACCAUCAGCAAAAUAUUCAUUAAACUGGAUGGUGUUCUUGUGGCGCUGACUGUUGAUUCCGUGGAGGUUGAUGAUGACGCGGUGAAGCUGCCAUACACUAAAUUUGGUGUGAGCAUCAAAAAGACCACAUCCAGCAUCUUUGUUGACUCCAAGAUGGGAAUCAAAGCUAUCUGGAACCUGGAGGACUCCCUGGACAUCGAAAUGCCAGAAGUAUUCAUGAACCAGACUUGUGGACUCUGUGGAAACUUUGAUGGCAUAGCCAAUGAUUUCACAGAAAGUGGAGCUCAGAUUACAGUGACAGACUUUGCUGAGACCCACAAGGUGACUGGACCAGGUGAGAGCUGUGAUGAGCCCGACCAGACCCCAGACCAGAGCUGUGGGGAUAGGAAAUACUGUGAGGGGAUCUUCUCCAGUGCUGCCUUCAGCAGCUGCCAAGACCUUUUGGAUAAGGAAGCCUUCAUCAAAGUCUGUAUGGCUGAUAAGUGCUACAGUGGCAAUAACCCUGACUCCAUGCUCUGCAAAACAGUCUCAGAGUUCUCCAGACAGUGCAUUCAUGCAGGCGGCAAGCCCGAGCAAUGGAGGAGUGAAUCUUUUUGCAACAAGACAUGCCCAUACAACAUGGUGUUUCAGGAGUGUAGCAGUAUAUGUCCUGACACCUGCUCCACACCUCAGGCCAGCAAAUUAUGUGAUAACCACUGCCAUGAUGGCUGCAGCUGCCCUGCUGGAACGGUCUUCGAUGACAAUGGUAAAAGUGGUUGUGUUGCAGUGAACCAGUGUCCAUGUCUGCACAACAAGAAAGUCUACAAGCCCGGACAGUCCUAUUAUGAGAACUGCAGAUCUUGUGUGUGCACCAAUGGACGGUGGAAGUGCACAGAGGACAACUGCCCAGAAAUGUGCUCUUUGACAGGAGGAACUCAUGUCAACAGCUUUGAUGGAAAAGAAUUUAUCUUUCAUGGAGACUGCACAUAUGUUCUAGCAAAGCUAAUUGGUGCCUCUGUGCUGGUGGACCUGGAAAGGUGUGGUGUUUCUCAAAGUAAGAUCUGCCUCAGAGCUGUCACUGUGGCCUUUAGCAGCAAUACGGUGUUGAAAAUCCAUGCAUCUGGACAGAUUCGUAUGAAUCAGAUUCGUUCUGAGCUUCCACUGUUGACUUCGGAGCUCAUAGCAUUCAAGCCGUCAUCCUCCUACAUCUUUGUGAAGAGCACGACAGGCCUCAAGAUUUCAGUCCAGCUGAUCCCCUCGAUGCAGGUCUUCCUCAUAGCAGACACUCCACUCAAAGGAACCAUUUCUGGUUUGUGUGGUAACUUCAACAACAAAAUGAAAGAUGACUUUACGGUUCCUACUGGUCUGGUGGAGAGCACUGCUGUAGGAUUUGUCAACUCAUGGAAAACCAAAGCAAGCUGCCCUGACAUAACUACACGUUUUGGACACCCCUGCAACCAGGGCAUCAACCGAGAAAAAUUUGCUCAGUACUGGUGCUCCAAACUGGUGGAUCCCAAGGGGGCAUUUGCAGCAUGCCACCAGUACAUUGACCCCAAGACAUACAAAGAAAACUGCAUGUAUGACUGCUGUAACAGUGAUAACAGUGACGACAGCUUGUGUGCUGCUGUCUCAGCAUAUGUCUUUGCCUGCUCAGAGCGAGGAAUACAAAUUUCUGGCUGGCGCAACACUGUCUGUGGCCGAUACACCGUAUGUCCAGAGAAGACAGUCUAUUCAUACAACAUGACCAGCUGCCAACGUACCUGCCAAUCCCUCGGCCAGCCUGAUUACACCUGCCAGGCCAACUUUGUGACAGUAGAUGGCUGCGGCUGUGCCCAGGGAACCUACAUGAACGACAAGGGACAAUGUGUGACCAGUAAAGACUGUCCUUGCUAUGACAAAGACAACAUUAUUCCUGCCGGACAGUCUGUGACAAAGAAUGGCCGCAAUUGCAUCUGCAGACAUGGAGCUCUCAGCUGCGCAGGAGGGUCUCCACAAGGCCCACCACAAUGCAACGCCCCGAUGGUUUACUUUGACUGUUCCACUGCUCAACCUGGAGAUGCUGGAACUGAGUGUGAAAAGAGCUGCAGCACUCUGGACAUGGCUUGUGUCAGUUCAGGCUGUACAUCAGGUUGCAUGUGCCCUCAAGGUCUGGUGUCAAAUGGAGAAGGAGGAUGUGUCAAAGAAAACAAUUGUCCAUGUGUGCACAAUGGAAAGGUCUUCCAUGCUGGAGAAACACUGACUGUGGACUGCAACACCUGUACCUGCUCUAAUAGAAAGUUCACAUGUACCACCAAUGUGUGUGACGCUGUUUGUGGGAUCUAUGGCGACGGCCACUACGUGACAUUUGAUGAUAAGAGGUUUGACUUCAAUGGACAGUGUGAAUACACUCUCCUACAGGACUCUUGCGGUGACAGUCAGGGAAAUGGAACUUUGAGUAUUGUUACUGAAAAUGUAGCAUGUGGAAGCACAGGAACCACCUGCUCCAAGACCAUCAAAAUCUUCCUGGGGGACAAUGAAUUCCAUCUGAGAGACGAAGACUUCCAUGUGGUUAAGGGCAGCAGUAAAGUGUUACCUGACCAGGUGCAAAAGAUGGGUAUUUACCUGGUGAUGACGAUCAGGAAAGGGCUUGUGCUCAUGUGGGACCAGAAGACCAGUCUUUUCAUUAAACUUGGCCCAAAGUUUCAGAGUCAAGUCUGUGGUCUGUGCGGAAACUAUGACGGCAACAGUAAGAACGACUUCACCACCCCCUCUGAGGAGACAGUGGCUGAUGUUCUUGAGUUUGGUAACAGUUGGAAGGUUUCAUCCAGCUGCCCAAAUGCCCAGCUGAUCCCCGAUCCCUGUGCCUCUAAUGGCUACCGGGCAGCCUGGUCCAAGAGACAAUGUAGCAUCAUCAUCAGUGCAACCUUCCAGAAAUGCCAUUCACAGGUUGACCCUGGUCCUUACUUUGAUUCUUGCGUAAGAGACACUUGUGCUUGUGACACUGGUGGGGACUGCGAGUGUCUCUGCACUGCUGUGGCAGCCUAUGCCAAAGCUUGUAAUGAAGCCGGGGCCUGCGUGAGAUGGAGAACUCCAAAACUGUGCCCUAUAUUUUGUGACUACUACAAUGCCCCUGAUGGCUGUGAGUGGCAUUACAAACCUUGUGGUGCUCCCUGCAUGAAGUCUUGUAGGAAUCCAUCGGGAAACUGUUCCACACUCAUCACCGCCAUAGAGGGCUGCUAUCCACAGUGUCCCCCUACCCAUCCCUACUUUGAUGAAGACUCCAUGAAGUGCGUUUCAUGGGAGCAAUGUGGCUGCUUUGAUGACAUUGGCAAUCAUUACAGCGUUGGACAAAAGGUUCCGUCUGAAAACUGCAACUCUUGUCAAUGUACCGAAUCUGGAAUCAAGUGCAACUACAGUGUGAACUAUUGUACAUGCUUUCUUUAUGGAAAAAUCCACAAAUAUGGGGACAUUAUUUAUGAAACCCAUGAUGGGCUAGGAAACUGCAUGAUAGCUGUGUGUGGAACCAAUGGAACAAUAGAAAGAACCAUCGAACAAUGCAGAACCACAACUACUGUCCCCACAACUACACCCUUUACGUUCAGGCCAGAGGUCACUGGAACAAGUCCAGAGGUUAGUACAGUUGUCACAUCCAAACCUUCUGUUGCAACAACAACUACUCAGGCACCAAGCACAGGAACUACUAAAGAAACCACAACAAAAGCUGGAGAGACAACAACAUCCAAAGCAACAACAGUCAGCAUUGGCACAACAAAACCACCAAAAGAACAGACCACUGGACCCCAAACAACUGCUACAACUGCUGUAGUUGAAACUACAACCCCAGGACCAGAGGUCACUGGAACAAGUCCAGAGGUUAGUACAGUUGUAACAUCCAAACCCUCUGUUGCAACAACAACUACUCAGGCACCAAGCACAGGAACUACUAAAGAAACCACAACAAAAGCUGGAGAGACAACAACAUCCAAAGCAACAACAGUAAGCAUUGGCACAACCAAACCACCAACUGAAGAGACCACUGGACCCCAAACAACUGCUACAACUGCUGUUGUUGAAACUACAACCCCAGGACCAGAGGUCACUGGAACAAGUCCAGAGGUUAGUACAGUUGUAACAUCCAAACCUUCUGUUGCAACAACAACUACUCAGGCACCAAGCACAGGAACUACUAAAGAAACCACAACUAAAGCUGGAGAGACAACAACAUCCAAAGCAACAACAGUCAGCAUUGGCACAACCAAACCACCAACUGAAGAGACAACUGGACCCCAAACAACUGCUACAACUGCUGUUGUUGAAACUACAACCCCAGGACCAGAGGUCACUGGAACAAGUCCAGAGGUUAGGGAUUUGGUGUAUAAUGUCACUGAUGGAGAAGGAUAUUGUGCAACUGCAUACUGUAAUGCAUCUUGUAAGAUUGAGACACAUUUUGAUCCAUGCACAACACCAACAAUAUCCACCACUGCUUCUGGUUCCACCACUUCAGCAUUCAGCACCACUUUAAAUGCCACACUUUCAAGCUCAACAACCCUGCCUUCACCCAAAGACUGCAUCUAUAUGAACCAAACAAGAAAGAAUGGAGAGUCCUGGAUGGUUGAAAACUGCACUAUAGCUAUCUGUGAAGAUAGUAAGGUAACAACGAAGCCUAAAACCUGUCCAAAAGUAGACCAACCUAUAUGUGCCAAUGGACGCCAGGCUGUUAAGGUCUACGAUGAAUCUGAUUGCUGUUACCACUAUGAAUGUGAAUGUGUGUGUGGUGUUGUGAGUAAAGAGCACUACAACACGUUUGAUGGAAAACCUUACUCAUUCAAAGAGUACUGCGACUACGUCCUGGUCAAAGAGAUCAUAACUAAAUACAACCUGACUAUAAUAGUGGAUAAUCAGAAGUGUGAUCCUUCAGACAGCUCAUUCUGUCCCCAGGCUGUCAUUGUUUAUUUUGAGUCCUACAAGAUAGUUUUGACUACCUUGAAGGAUGUAGGCCUUGUGGUAUACGUGAAUGAAAAACGCGUCUAUCCCGCCUACAGCAAUUCUGUUCUGUUCCUCACUGGCACAGAUAUGGAGAUCACUCUGGAAUUACCUUCAAUCAAGACAAAAGUUAUCUAUAAACAAUCCUCUUUCAGUAUCAGGAUUCCUGAAUCACUCUUUGGUGGAAAUACUGAGGGCCAGUGUGGGAACUGUGACAAUAAUCAGGCCAAUGACUGCCGUUCUCCAAAUGGCAUGGUGGAAAGGUGCUCCAUCUCUGCAGACCACUGGGCUAUCACAGAGACACCAUGUGAAAUCCCCACACAACCCCCAAUGACAACAACAAAAGUACCUGGGACUACCUCUCAACCCACAACAACAAAGCUCCCAUGCAGACCUGCCAUCUGUGAAAUCCUAACCAGCAGUGUAUUUGAACAGUGCAACUCAGUCAUACCCCCAGGCCCAUUCGUUGCAUCCUGUAAGUCUGACACCUGCAACAGUGGCAAUAAUACUAGUAGCAACGCCAGCUGCUCCAGCCUGGAAGCCUAUGCUGCUGAGUGUUCUAGAAAAGGAGUCUGUGUUGACUGGAGGAAUGCUACCAAUGGGCAGUGUGAGCACAAGUGUCCAGACAACAAGGUGUACAAGGCCUGUGGCCCCAGUGUGGAGCCAACAUGCAAUGACAGAUACAACAACAAGUUCAAUGCAGGAAGUACAGCAUCUAAUGACACCCAGGAGGGUUGCUUCUGUCCCGAAGGCACCACCUUAUUCAACCAAGUCUAUGAAAAAUGUGUCGCCUCUUGCAAUUGUGUUGGACCCGAUGGAAGACCAAAAAUGCCUGGUGAAACAUGGACCAGUGGCUGCGACAUCUGUGAAUGUGACAAGGACUCCAUGAGCGUCCAGUGUGAGCCAGCUCCAUGUGAAACACAGCAGACUCCUAACUGCACUGAGCUUGGCCAGAAGCUAGUCACCAAGACAGACGGCUGCUGCUCAAAACAUUCAUGUGAAUGUGACGUCGCUCUGUGUCCUGAACCAAUGACCUGUCCUCUGGGCUUCCAACGUACAGUCAAACCUGGCAUCUGCUGCCAGACCUACCUCUGUGUGCCUAAAGGUGUAUGCGUCUAUGAAGGCACUGAGUACAUGCCUGGUUCAAAAAUACCAACACCAGGUUCGCCGUCAGGAUCAACACCAACACCUGGACAGCCAAUCAGCACAACAGCAGCUGGACAACCAUCAGGCACAACAGUGGGAGGUGCUGGACAACCAUCAGGAACAACAGUGGGAGGUGCUGGACAACCAUCAGGCACAACAGUGGGAGGUGCUGGACAACCAUCAGGAACAACAGUGGGAGGUGCUGGACAACCAUCAGGCACAACAGUGGGAGGUGCUGGACAACCAUCAGGAACAACAGUGGGAGGUGCUGGACAACCAUCAGGCACAACAGUGGGAGGUGCUGGACAACCAUUAGGCACAACAGUAGGAGGUGCUGGUCAACCAUCAGGCACAACAGUAGGAGGUGCUGGACAACCAUCAGGAACAACAGUAGGAGGUGCUGGUCAACCAUCAGGAACAACAGUAGGAGGUGCUGGACAACCAUCAGGAACAACAGUGGGAGGUGCUGGACAACCAUUAGGCACAACAGUAGGAGGUGCUGGUCAACCAUCAGGAACAACAGUAGGAGGUGCUGGACAACCAUCAGGAACAACAGUAGGAGGUGCUGGUCAACCAUCAGGCACAACAGUGGGAGGUGCUGGUCAACCAUCAGGCACAACAGUGGGAGGUGCUGGACAACCAUCAGGCACAACAGUAGGAGGUGCUGGUCAACCAUCAGGCACAACAGUGGGAGGUGCUGGUCAACCAUCAGGAACAACACUGGGAGGUCUUGGACAACCAUCAGGCACAACAGUAGGAGGUGCUGGUAAACCAUCAGGAACAACAGCAGGAGGUGCUGGUCAACCAUCAGGCACAACAGUGGGAGGUGCUGGACAACCAUCAGGAACAACAGUAGGAGGUGCUGGUCAACCAUCAGGCACAACAGUGGGAGGUGCUGGUCAACCAUCAGGCACAACAGUGGGAGGUGCUGGACAACCAUCAGGCACAACAGUAGGAGGUGCUGGUCAACCAUCAGGCACAACAGUGGGAGGUGCUGGUCAACCAUCAGGAACAACACUGGGAGGUCUUGGACAACCAUCAGGCACAACAGUAGGAGGUGCUGGUAAACCAUCAGGAACAACAGCAGGAGGUGCUGGUCAACCAUCAGGCACAACAGUGGGAGGUGCUGGACAACCAUCAGGCACAACAGUGGGAGGUGCAGGACAACCUGCAGGCACAACAGUAGGAGGUGCCGGGCAGCCAUCAGGAACCACAGUAGGAGGUGCUGGUCAACCAUCAGGCACAACAGUGGGAGGUGCUGGACAACCAUCAGGAACAACAGUAGGAGGUGCUGGACAACCAUCAGGCACAACAGUAGGAGGUGCUGGACAACCAUCAGGCACAACAGUGGGAGGUGCUGGACAACCAUCAGGCACAACAGUGGGAGGUGCUGGUCAACCAUCAGGAACAACAGUGGGAGGUGCUGGACAACCAUCAGGCACAACAGUGGGAGGUGCUGGACAACCAUCAGGCACAACAGUGGGAGGUGCUGGUCAACCUUCAGGAACAACAGUGGGAGGUGCCGGACAACCAUCAGGAACAACAGUAGGAGGUGCUGGUCAACCAUCAGGCACAACAGUGGGAGGUGCAGGACAACCAUCAGGCACAACAGUAGGAGGUGCUGGACAACCAUCAGGCACAACAGAGGGAGGUGCUGGACAACCAUCUGCAACAACAGUGGGAGGUGCUGGUAAACCAUCAGGCACAACAGUAGGAGGUGCUGGACAACCAUCAGGCACAACAGUGGGAGGUGCUGGACAACCAUCAGGAACAACAGUGGGAGGUGCUGGUCAACCAUCAGGAACAACACUGGGAGGUGCUGGACAACCAUCAGGCACAACUGUAGGAGGUGCUGGACAACCAUUGGGAACAACAGUAGGAGGUGCUGGACAGCCAUCAGGCACAACAGUGGGAGGUGCUGGACAGCCAUCAGGCACAACAGUGGGAGGUGCUGGACAACCAUCAGGCAAAACUGUAGGAGGUGCUGGACAACCAUCAGGAACAACAGUAGGAGGUGCUGGUCAACCAUCAGGCACAACAGUGGGAGGUGCUGGACAACCAUCAGGAACAACAGUGGGAGGUGCUGGACAAGCAUCAGGCACAACAGUGGGAGGUGCUGGACAACCAUCAGGCACAACAGUAGGAGGUGCUGGACAACCAUCAGGAACAACAGUAGGAGGUUUUGGACAACCAUCAGGCACAACAGUAGGAGGUGCUGGACAACCAUCAGGCACAACAGUAGGAGGUGCUGGUCAACCAUCAGGCACAACAGUGGGAGGUGCUGGACAACCAUCAGGAACAACAGUAGGAGGUGCUGGACAACCAUCAGGCACAACAGUAGGAGGUGCUGGUCAACCAUCAGGCACAACAGUAGGAGGUGCCGGACAACCAUCAGGCACAACAGUGGGAGGUGCUGGACAACCAUCAGGAACAACAGUAGGAGGUGCUGGACAACCAUCAGGAACAACACUGGGAGGUCUUGGACAAGCAUCAGGCACUACAACAACUGGAACAGUACAGCCUUUUACUCCUGGGCCCUGUGAGGAGUGUUAUUGUGGCCCACGUAUGGAUCCAGUCACCAAGCUGAACAUCAUUCACUGCACCCCAAUUGUUUGCAAAACAAACUGCUCUGAAGGUUUUGAAUACCAGGCUGUACCUGAUAAGUGUUGUGGGAAGUGCGUCCAGAAGAGCUGCUUCCUCGUUGCACCUGACAACAAAACACAUAUCAUUGAGGUCAACGAAACAUUUGUCCUUCCUGGUAACAAGUGUGUGCAGUAUACCUGCGCCAACAUCAACGGUCAGCUUAUUACUCAGGAGACCAAGACUGUCUGUCCUGCCUAUAAUCCAUUGGACUGUGAACCUGGUACAGAGACAACUGACUCUACUGGAUGCUGCAGAACCUGCAAGCUGCGCAGUGUGUGUGAGCUUCUGAGUAAGCAGGAGGUCAUCAAGGUGAAUGACUGUGUGAGCAAGAAGCCGGUCAACAUGACGUACUGUGCUGGUCACUGUGGAAGCACGUCUAUGUAUUCUGCUGCUGCCAACACGAUGAUGCACCAGUGUGAGUGUUGCCGAGAAGCCACCACCAGUGAGGGUACGAUGGAGCUUGAAUGUGCAGAUGGCUCCAAGAUUCCUCACAAGUACACCAUAGUGGAAAGCUGUCAGUGCAACAAAGCAGAGUGUGUGGGGGGAACAACAAAUGCUCCAUUGAAGCGCCGCAGGAGACGCUGAUCACCCGCUCGCUGCUGAACACAGGACUGAACCCUUUCGGACCCGAGACCUUCUUAUUAAUUUCAGCUUUCAAUAUUUGUAGCAAAGCUGAGUUCUUUUUCAGCAUCACAACAUGAGACUGUGAUGUAAACUUUCU